AUGAUAACGCAUUUUGAUUUAGCUGAGAACGAGCUAGAAUUUCUACAUCCAAGUUUAGCAGCUAUGAUGCCAAACAUAGAAAAACUGGAUCUGUCUAAAAACCAACUUUUCAAAAUGGCUCAAGGACACAAAGUGUUAUUUGCACAAUUAUUGCUUUCAUUGCGCCAUCUUAAGAUAAUAAAUCUAUCGUCAAAUUAUCUAAGUACCAUACCGACAAAAAUGUUUAUAAAAAGUCAUAAUUUACAAUUUAUUGACCUUUCUUGGAACGGACUUGAACAGGUGACGUUUACCUUAAGCCAUUUAAUAAAUCUCGAAGUACUACUUCUACGGAACAACAAGAUUAAAGAUUUCGAUGUUUUAUCAAUGAGAAAUAUAGAUUCCGUCAUUGCCAAUAUCUCAUACAUGACACACAAUAAGUUAACAGUAUAUCUGGAGUAUAACCCUCUGUCGUGCUCAAAAUUCGAGACAGAAGCAUUUAUAAACUGGCUUUUAAGUACAAAGUCUGUGAAAAUUCCACUUUCCAAUCUAACAUGCAGUGACGAGAAUGGCUCUUUUAGAGCUAUUGAUCAAGCUACAUUCAAAUAUGUUCAAGGCAUUUGCAGGAGAAGAAUUAUUAUUAUUUCAACAAGCGCAGCUAGCGGACUUAUGGCCCUUGUCGCUCUUGUUACUAUAGUUGCCGUCUACAGAUAUCGAAAGAUGACUAAGAGGAAAGCAAACAGAAUAAAAUUGAUUAACAGAUUACGCAACGGAGAAACAUCAUGUGAAUAUGUUGUUUUCUUGUCUUACAGUGAACACGAUCAAAUCUUUGUAAAAGAUUAUCUGUAUGAAAAAUUGAAUGAAAAUCUAAAACAAAUGACGAGAAUAAAUAAAGAUUUAGUCUGCCAGUCUGAUGGAAGACAUGGUCAGAGUAUAAUACAGGAAAAUGGAAACUAUAUAUUGAAAUCCUGUGCAUUAAUUGCGGUCGUGACAGACAAUUAUCAUUGCGAUCCAAACUGCUUUUUCGAUUUAGAUUAUGCAUGCAGCCUUCUAAUGCCUAUAGUAAUAUUUAUAAAUGAAAAUACAGACAAAGCCAUAUUUGAACAGAAAAUGCUGAAGCCUUAUAUUAAAAAACCCAGAGUCACAUGGAAGUUUGAAAAUAAUCAGUACAACAUGAAUACAACAAUAGAAGAUCUUUGUUCUUCACUUUUAGACAUUAUUGCCAACAGUGGCAAGAUUGAGUAA